AUAAAUUUUACAUUGAUAAGAAGGAAAACCCUAACUUAGAAGAGUUGGAUUUCUUUCCUCCCUUUUGUCAUCAUCUUUUAUGCUGUGAUCGGCGACGAUUCAGUGCUAACUUUUCUAGGUCUUGUUUUACUGAUUUUAGUGAAGAUGGCAGAAGAAGAGGAAGAAGCAAAAGCUCUCAACUCUAUUCCAGAGGAGAAGAAGAAGAAUAAGAAGAAGAAGAAGAAGCUUUUACUAUUGUUUUUCAUCAUCUAAUAUCUAAUCUGCAAUUUUAUUUUAUCUAAGAAGAAGAGGAAACGCAGCGGCAGGUUAGAUAUGGAGAAAAAGAAGAAUAAGAAGAAGAGGAAACGCAGCCUCAGGGUAGAUAUGGAGAAAUUUCAAACCAUUAUGUAUAUACAGAGACCCUUACCCCGUCGUAAAUUCACACUAGAUGAAGCUUUCAAUAUUGCAGAGAAGAAGAAGAAGAAUAACAAGAGCAACAGCGAAGCAAACAAGUUUACAUUGACACUCACAAAAAACAAAUCUAGGAGGAAGGCCAGUGGCUUCUUUUUCUUCAAAAAGACGAUUUGGAAUAUUCCAUGUGUGCAUGGACAAAAAAUGAAGCAAGUCCGCCUCAAAUACAGAAAGGAUUGGAAAAAGUUUGGCCCCAAAAAGUUUUUCAUCAUAAAGGGGAUGGUGAUGCCCAAUACGGGAGGGAAAGUCCUAACUGGUGCAGUCAUGAUGAUACCGCCAGCAAUAGUGACCUCAAAUUUCAAGCCCGUAGUAAUCAUUCAGAUACAGGGGAAAAAAUACAUCCAUCCUAUAACCAGAAAGGUCUUAUUCAGCUUGGGGUUGAGAAGACUAUUCAGUGCAGUUUUUGUGAAGUCAACUGAGCAAAUCAUGAGCAAACUGCAGAGAGUGGCACCAUAUGUUACCUAUGGAUAUCCAAAUCUUGAAAGCAUAAAGGAGCUACUUUACAAGAAAGGACAUGCAAAAAUAGACGAGCGAAAGGUUUCUUUGACGGAUAGUAUUAUUGGGCAGGAAUUAGGUAAGUUUGGUAUUUUAUGCAUGGAAGACAUGGUGCAUCAAAUUUAUAAUGUUGGUCCCCACUUCAAGGAAGUCGUCAGAUUUAUAUGGCCCUUUGAACUCAACAAACCUUCAGAUGGAUUUAAGGGAUCAAAAACCUUAUUCAAGAAUGGUGGAGAUGCAGGGAACCGUGAGGAUUCCAUCAACGAGUUAAUCAAUAAGAUGAUGAAUUAAUUGUCUUAUGGUAGUAUUAUAUCCAGGAAGUAAUCCGUGCACGGGUGCUUUCUUACAUUAAAUUAAAAUUGUAUUUGAACACCUAUCAUGUUUUACUAUUAUGAAUUAAUUUAAGAGAUAAAAUAAUCUAAUAAUGUACAUUAUGAA